UUAUUCUAAUUUUUAAUGCAUAUAUUAUUUAUUUUUUUUACUUGCUCAGUUCGCUUGGCAAAAGCUAAAGACAGAAGCUGCAUCUGCAAUGAUAACUGUGCAUUUCUGUCUCUGAAUCUCUUCCUCCCCGGUCGCGGAGCCUCCGAAAACAUUGCAAUGUGUUUAUGUGGCAAGCAACUGGCAACCGUUUUUGCGUUUCAAGGCACCUUCCUCAAUUCAAGAAUGAGGUAUGGUAGUUUUCUACCUUCGAAAAUGUAUUACCGGCUAAAGCAUAAGUUCGCAGAGAAGAAGUUUGUGCGAGGUGUGGGAAGCGGUUCCAAGUUACGGAAUAAGGUAGUUGCUCUUAUGGAUUAUAACCUUAAUGACCUAAUUGGGAAUGGAAGUGAUGAAAUGAAAUCUGAAAUGAGUCUGAAAGAUGCAUUAGAUGAUUUGGACAUCUCCUUGAUGUGUAAGAGAUUUCCAUCAAUUACUUUGGGUAGUGCUCCUCGAGUGGAGUUAUAUGAUGGGACUGCGUCAUGUUCUGAAACAAUGAACUCUUUAGCAACAGAAAAUUUGGAACAUUGUUUUUCUGAUUCUUUGGAGGCAAGGUGGGUGCAAAAUACUGUCUCAGAAGAAUGGCCUUCUCUGUCUGUCAAUCAUUCUACUAUAACAUCUUCCACAUUAGGAAAAGCAGAGUCUUGUCCUUCUCGUGUGCUCCCUUCAGUAUAUGAAGAAAAAUUGGAUCAAGUCAUCAGGGAAGAUUCUCAAAUGAAAGUGGGGUUGCAGUCACAAUCAGACCCUACACCCAGUGAGUUAUUUCUUGACAAAUCUGUGAGUUGCAUACUUGGAUUAAGUAAAAGGCACUACCAACAGCUGGAUAACUGUGGGUUUCACACGUUACGGAAAUUGUUGCUGCACUUUCCACGAUCAUAUGCUAAUCUGCAGAAUGCACAUGCUAAAAUUGAUGAUGGGCAAUAUUUGAUUUUUGUUGGAAAAGUCUUAUCUUCAAGGGGAGUCAAAGCUAAUUAUUCAUUUUCAUUUCUUGAAGUGGUUGUGGGCUGUCAGAUUGCUCAAAGUGAAUCUACUUCUGAGUGUGUGACCAGUGAUGCUAUUGACGUGCAAGAGAAGACAAUUUAUUUGCAUCUGAAGAAAUUUUUUCGUGGCUCACGUUUUACCUUUAAACCAUUCCUUAAAAGCCUUGAAGAAAAGUAUCAAGAGGGAGACAUAGUAUGUGUUAGUGGCAAGGUCAGAACUAUGCGUGCUAAAGAUCACUAUGAGAUGAGAGAAUAUAAUAUUGACGUGCUUGAAGAUGGAAAAGAUUUAUCCUUUUUUGCUAAAGAGAGGCCAUAUCCUAUCUACCCUUCAAAAGGGCGUUUGAACCCAACUUUUCUUAGGGACACUAUUGCAAGAGCUUUACAAGCCUUGCCUGUCAAUGUUGAUCCAAUUCCUAAAGAUAUUAGAGAGCAAUUUGGACUGCUAAGUCUUCAUGAUGCAUAUUUUGGAAUCCACAAACCGAAGGACAUAAAUGAAGCUGAUUUGGCUCGCAAGAGACUUAUAUUUGAUGAGUUUUUUUACCUGCAGUUAGGACGCUUAUUCCAAAUGCUUGAAAGUCUUGGUACACAGAUAGAAAAGGAUGGAUUGCUAGAUAAGUAUAGAAGACCAGAAAAUAAUGCUGUGUGUACUGAAGAGUGGUCCUCUCUCACCAAGAAGGUUUUUGAGGUUCUUCCAUAUACACUUACUACUAGUCAGCUGCAUGCUGUGUCAGAAAUUAUUUGGGAUCUAAAAAGACCAGUUCCAAUGAAUCGGCUUCUUCAGGGUGAUGUUGGAUGUGGAAAAACUGUUGUAGCUUUUCUUGCAUGCAUGGAGGUUAUUGGCUCUGGCUAUCAGGCUGCUUUCAUGGUUCCAACUGAGUUGCUUGCAAUCCAACAUUAUGAACAUUUGCUGAAGUUGCUCGAAAACAUGGAUGAGGUCACGUGCAAGCCAACUGUUGCUUUACUCACUGGUUCAACUCCACUAAAACAAACACGGAUGAUUCGUAAGGGUAUCCAGACCGGAGAAAUCUCCAUGGUGAUAGGAACCCACAGUUUGAUAGCAGAAAGUGUGGAAUUUUUAGCCUUACGUAUUGCUGUGGUGGAUGAGCAGCAUCGCUUUGGUGUGAUUCAAAGAGGAAGGUUUAACAGUAAGUUAUACUGUGCAUCUUCAAAUUCAAACAUGGAGGAUGCCAUUACAGAUGAUUCUGCAAAGAGUGAUGCUUAUAUGGCUCCACAUGUUCUUGCCAUGUCUGCUACUCCUAUCCCAAGAACACUUGCACUUGCUUUAUAUGGUGACAUGUCAUUGACACAGAUAACUGACUUACCUCCCGGAAGAAUUCCUGUUCAAACAUUUACCAUUGAAGGAAAUGACAAAGGAUUUGAGGAUGUCUACAAGCAGAUGAUGCUGGAUGAAUUGGAAGAUGGGGGAAAAGUUUAUCUUGUCUUCCCAAUUAUUGAACUUUCUGAGCAACUACCCCAGCUUCAUGCUGCCUCUGCAGAUCUUGAAGUUAUAUCACAACGGUUUCAAGGAUAUAAUUGUGGCUUAUUACAUGGAAAAAUGAAAAGUGAUGAAAAAGAAGAAACAUUAAGAAAGUUUAGAACUGGAGAAAUACAUAUACUUCUUGCCACUCAAGUAAUUGAGAUUGGUGUUGAUGUUCCAGAUGCAUCUAUGAUGGUUGUGUUGAACUCUGAGAGGUUUGGAAUUGCUCAACUGCACCAACUUAGAGGAAGAGUUGGACGUGGCACAAGGCCAUCAAAAUGUAUACUAGUAGCAUCAACUGCCAGUAGCCUGAAUCGAUUGAAAGUACUAGAACAAUCAUCAGAUGGGUUCUAUCUCGCCAAUAUGGACCUUUUAUUGCGGGGACCUGGUGACUUGCUUGGGAAGAAACAAUCGGGACAUCUUCCAGAGUUUCCUGUUGCCAGAUUGGAAGUUGAUGGAAACAUUUUACAAGAUGCACAUGUUGCUGCACUGAAAAUUAUAAGUUCGUCCCAUGAUUUGGAGCAAUUUCCUGCACUUAAACUGGAGCUUAGCAUGAGACAGCCGCUUUGCCUACUAGGUGAUUGAAUCUUGGUGUGGUAUACUGCAAUGGUAUGCAGAAGUUUCUGUGCUCGUUCUGAUUAUUUUGACAAUGUAAUUAUUUUGAUGGCUCUUGAUGGUCAUGUAUACCGAUUUAGCCUUUAGGUAUAUGUUUAUAUAUUGAAAGGCCUUUAUUGUCUUUUUACCCUGUUUUAGCCGUGAUGCUUCCUUGUAAGCAAUGUUUGUAAUGUUAAGAUGUAUCAAAACAAUCCAAAAAUAUUUUCACCAAAAAAAAAAGCAAUUCAGAAAUAUAUACAUGGGAAUUAAAAUGAAAAGAAUA